AUGAACAGAGACACAGCUAAUUUCCAGGCAACACCAACACUCCACUCGCAGAAUCCUAGCCAAUUACUCAGCUCAUCGACCGGAAGGACUCCCCUCUCUACCAGCCUACCACACCUCGACAAGGCACUGAUACCCCCCUCAAAUCAUGCUGCAAAUACGCCUGCCGAUGUUCUCCCCGCUGCAUCUCAAUUUGUGCUUCCGGGAUGGACCCAGUUAGGUCCGAGUGCGGCUGGCGCAGAAGGCGGGAAUGCCAAUGUUGAUUCUGGCAGCAAUAAUGGGAAUGGAGACGCUGAAGAGUCACAAACUCCUUUGUCACCGGGUAUUCGCAGAGGAGAAAUCACGGAACUCUCUGGACCACGAGGAUCCGGCAAGACGUCUCUGGCUAUGACCACUGCCGUGAAUGCAUUGAAGCAAGGAGAGACAGUCAUAUGGAUAGAUACCGCUGGUCCCAUAUGCAUGUCCAGGUUUGAAAGGAUGCUAUCAAGAGACAGCACCCCUCUUGAAACCCAGGACCGACUACGGAAUCUACUCCAUUUCCAACCUACCACGCUCGCCCACCUGCUGGCCCUGAUAUGCCAUCCUAUCGCUGACUUCCCGCCACCCAACACAGGUCUGAUAGUGGUAGAUUCGAUAUCAUGUCUGUUUGGCUCGGAGUUCCGAUCCAAGCUCCCUGCAAAGCUGGGCAGCAAGGCCAAAGACCUCCACGGUACAGGGUCAAGGGCCAACAAAGAGGCGCAGGAGUCCAAACUCUGGUGGAAACUGAUAGGUAGCUUGUCCUCGAACCUUAAUGCUCUUGCGUCUCGGUUCGACUGUGCUGUGGUCGUGGUCAAUGAGAUGGUGACUCGGUUUCGCUCGGGCCAGAAACCGAUGCUGCAUGUUGCGAUAUCCGGGUAUACGUGGGACACGAGCGUGGCUACGCGGGUGAUAUUGUACUGGCAUUGGCUAGAUUCUGGAGUCAGCGAGAAGUUUGGUAUGGCGCGGAUCAGGAUUGCAGAGGUGUUUAGGGCGGGCAAGAAGGCUGUUUUGCCCCGGGCCGUGGAGAGGAUUGUUCCAUUCCUUGUGGAGGAUGAGCUUGACGGGGAUGAGCUUCUUGGAGCUCAGCUCCCUCGUCGGCCUAAGAUAGGGCAUGAUAGUGAGGAAGAGGAGAGCGUGGAAGAGAAGGAGGAGAAGCCAGAGGAGAAACUAGGUGAAGCCGUGCUGGCGAGUACGAGUCUACCUGCCGAGAUAAUGGACAGCCAGGACGAGGAGGAAGAUGAGGAGUGGUUGGAGGCUGUUGAUCUACAGUCUUCUACCGAGCCGAACACCCAGCAAGAGGAGGACGAUACAGAGCAACUGCUCCGGAGCAUGGUUGAGGGCGAUGUCUAG